AUGCAAGUGCCGGUUCUCGGCUGCACUUUCCUCACGCUGUCAGAUCGUGAGGAAAGUACUGUCGAGAACCGGCAGUUGUCAGAGCGGGGAUCGGCACCGAUCAUCAGGGCACUGAUGAUCAGUGCCCUGAUGAUCGGUGCCCAGCAGUGCCACCCGCAAGUUCUGCCCACCUGUGCCCAGCAGUAUCACCCACCUGUGCCCAGCAGUGCACCCACCUGUGCCACUCUGCAGUGUCACACACCUGUGCCCAGAAGUGCCACCUACCUGUGCCCAGAAGUGCCACCCACCUGUGCCCACCCACCAGUGCUGCCCACCAGUGCCACCCACCAGUGCAGCCCAGCAGUGCUGCAGUCAGUGCCACCAGUCAGUGCCCAGGGGUUGUGCCAGUCAGUGCCGCCAGUCAGUGCCCAGCAGUGAUGCCAGUCAGUGCCAUCUAUCAGUACCCAUCAUCAGUGUCACCUAUCAGUGCCGCCUAUCAGUGCU